GGUGACCAAGCCGCUGUCGGGGCUGCUGGGGUUCGCCUCCACUGUGACCGAGAGUGCCGGCACGGGGAUUCGGGCCAUGGGGGGGGAUGUGACGAGGCGGAGCGUGCCGCGGAUCCGACUGCCGAGCACCUUCGGGAGGAAUGAUGCCAUUGCGCUGGAGCCGGAGGACAGUGUGGAGCUGAAGCUGGUGCUGGCCAUCCUGGACUUUGGGCGCUACCGCAGCGAGCAGCUGCUGGACCACCUGCAGACGUCGGCGCGCAAGGCAGUGCUGUUCACCGUGGUGCGCCUGCUGUUUUACGACUGCCAGAGGAACGUCUUCUUCUGGCAGAUACCACUCAAAGACAUAACCUCAGUGAUGGGCAUGGAGGGGCGGCUGGAGAGCAUCAUUCUGUACGAUGCCGAUCUCAAGUUCGCGGGGAAGAAGCUACCCCUGCGCUUGCCGUCGCGCAAGGUCAUCAAGACCACCACCCGCGAGCUCCACAUGGCGCUCUUAGUUAAGCUCAACCGCCACUUAGCCCGCGUCCGUGCAUUGAACCCCUCCACCGCCUCCUCCUCUCGCCGCACGUCCCGUGACUCGUCUGCUGCAGCCGCUGCUGAUGCCCUGUCCAACUCCUCUCCUCCCUCGUCUGCCGCCCCCUCUCCUGUUCUCUCUCCUCCCGCUUCCCCUGGUGGUCUGACUCAAGUUCGUCGGAGUGCGUCCGAGUCUGGUGCUGCCGGCAGCAAGGCAGCGGCAAAGGGCGGUAAGGCCGCUGGUGCUGGCAGCGGUAGCGGCGGCGGCGGUGGUGGUGGUGGGGGGGGCAGUGGUGGGAGAGCCGGCCCCAGGAGACAGUUUUCCCCUACAAAGAAGUUGACUGCCCAUAGAGAGGAGGGCGAGGACGAGGAGGCGAAUUCUGGACCUUCUGUGUUGCCCCAUGCAGCUGGUAGUUCGGCUGGAGCUGCAGCCGCCACGGCAGCGGCAAGGUUGCAGCAGCAAGUCAACGCCAGAGCUCCUGCUGCCAGUUUUGGUGUGGCUGCUGGAGGUUCGGCUAGCACUGACGUGAUUGGAGAGCAACGCCGGGCUGACAAGGGCAAAACCCGUGCCCUGGCUCACACCAACUCAGCCCCAGUCAUCUCGAGAAAAAGCAGCUUCCGCCGCGGUAAAGCAGAACAGGAUAACCAGAGGUGGAAGCAGGGCGUGAUAUGGGAAGAUCAGGAUGUAGAGGGUGCGCAUGUUGACAAUGAGGAGAGUGAUGAGGAUGAUUAUAGCGAGGAUGCCAGUGGUGUGGCUGCAAGGGUGGCUCAGCUAGAUAGGGAGCAACGGCAGGAGAUACGGCGGGACUUGGAUGCGAUACUGACAACAUGCCAAGUGGCAGCCGCAAGUGCUGGUGGGAGAGCCGACCCCGCUGCAGCUCUGGUUUCGGUUAGGUUCCUUGCACUUGCAUCGUAUUCACGCACACUGGCACAGAGAGCUGACAACGCUACACUAGGAGCUGAAGCAUCGCAAGGAGGGAAGAGGGUUGAUGCACAAUGGGCAGAGGACGUGUCGGCAUUGCUUCGCACGAUGGUGGCUUUGGCUGAAGGUGGCCGGACUGGUUCACUGAGGGACCAGUCUCAGAUUUUAGGCACUCUGGAGGCAAUCUGCCAUCAAGCCAUUGGUCGGGUCUCUGGCCAUUGAUGUACCGCGGUUCCGUCGCUUCAUUAGGCGCUUCAGCUGAUGUUUUAGAUUUUGCUGGUUGCGUGCUUGGAUAGGCCAUGAUUUUUUUUUCUGUAUGUGUAAGAUGAGGUUUCUGUAAUUAGGAUAGUAGUAGGCUUUCUAGGUAGGCUAAUAUUCAUCUGAAUUGUUAUGUGCUGUAUUAC